AGAAGCAUAAUAAAUACAACAAAGCAAAAAGGUAAAAUGAGCAUUCAGUUCAAUAUGACUAAUGCUCAAGAGUUGGGGCAAGAGAGUAUUGUGUGGGGCAUAUCCAAUUCUGAUGAUUCUCAAGGUGGCUGCAAGAGAAUCGACAAGCAACCGCCUCUAGUGCGUCCUUCUCAUCCGUCUGAAAUUCCGACAUCCGAUAAGAAAGCUUCAAAAGGAAAAAAGAGGACCCAAAGAAAUGAGAAAAAUCAUGUAGAAGAAUCACCCGAUCAUGAAAUACAUAUAUGGACUGAAAGAGAAAGGAGGAAGAAGAUGAGAGAUAUGUUUGCUAAACUACAUGCUUUGCUUCCCCAACUUCCUCCUAAGGCAGACAAAUCAACAAUCGUAGACGAGGCAGUGAGCUCCAUCAAAUCCCUUGAACAAACUUUACAUAAUCUCCAGAUGAGAAAACUCGAGAAACUUCAAUAUUCUUCGGCUUCAAACACAACAACUACUACUGCUUUCCCUUAUGAUCCAUCUUCUUCUCCUACAAUUCUCCUCACACCAAUAUCAAACCAGCCCCAUAUCCUUCCCGUAGGUGCCGCCUCAGAAGAUUCUUACUCCCGUGAAGCUUUAUUGGCCAAUCAGAUAUCUUCUUCCAGCAUGAACCUGCCCAACCCUUGUGAUGACCCGACUGCUGAGUUUGAUACUUGGUCCACACGUAACGCCGUGCUGAAUAUCUGUGGAAAUGAAGCUUUCUUCAGUUUGUGUUGCCCUAAAGACAAAUCAGGGGUUUUCACUAAUAUGUGUUACUUGUUUGAGAAGUAUAACAUUGACGUUAUGUUUGCUAGUGUCUCGUCUAAUGUUUUCCGGAGCACCUACAUGAUCCAAGCACAAGUAAAGCCGAGCUAUGAGAAUCAGUUAUUGGGAGAUGGGUUUGGAGCUGCGGAAAUUUUCAAGCAAGCUGCUCAAGAAAUGGCCUUCUAUUUUUCAUCUCCUUGAAUCAAAUAUGGCUUCGGUUUAAAUUUUCAGGUCAUAAAAUGAAAUUUCAUUUUUAAGUACUUUAGGGUCUUUUGCAAAGUCCUUUUUAUUAAUGUGCAUGCAGAGAUUAGUUUGGACUUUGAACUUUAACACCCAUUAUAAGAAAAAAAAACAAGAAUAAAGAGAAGUGAUAUCUUCUUGGAACAUUGUUGUCUAGUGCUUGUUCCCGGAAAUUUUAGUUUAUUUUUCCUUAAUCAAUGUAUAUUGGCAAAUAUUGUCCAAUAGAAUACUGAAGUGCAUAUAUCUGUACGAUGAAGGUUAAAUUUUCUGUUUUAAUGUCA